UUUGAUUAUUUGUUUGCUGGCUGCGGAAUAAUUUUGAAUUAUGAGUCAGCGGCAGGUUUUACAAGUUUUUGAACAGUAUCAGAAAUCCAGAACACAGUUUGUGCAGUCAAUUGCUGAGCUUGCAACAAGACCACAGAAUCUUGAAACUUUACAAAAUGCAGGUGUAAUGUCCCUUUUGAGGCCUCUUCUGUUGGAUGUGGUCCCAACUAUUCAGCAGACAGCAGCUUUGGCGCUGGGGAGGCUUGCCAACUACAGCGAUGACCUGGCCGAGGCAGUUGUUAAGGGAGACAUUCUUCCACAACUUGUGUACUCCUUGGCGGAACAGAACCGCUUCUACAAGAAGGCGGCUGCGUUUGUGUUGCGGGCGGUGGCCAAGCACUCUCCAGAGCUGGCCCAGGCUGUGGUAGACUGUGGGGCACUAGACGCUUUGGUCAUCUCUCUGGAGGAGUUUGACCCCGGGGUUAAGGAGGCCGCCGCUUGGGCGCUCGGCUACAUUGCGCGCCACAAUGGAGAGUUGUCCCAGGCUGUGGUGGACGCAGGGGCGGUGCCCCUGCUGGUGCUGUGUGUGCAGGAGCCUGAGGUGGCCCUGAAGAGGAUCGCUGCCUCCAGCCUCAGCGACAUUGCCAAGCACUCCCCGGAGCUGGCCCAGACUGUGGUGGACGCUGGGGCCAUUGCGCACCUGGCGCAGAUGAUCCUGAACCCUGACGCCAAGCUGAAGCGGCAGGUCUUCUCGGCCCUCAGCCAGAUCUCCAAGCACUCUGUGGACCUGGCUGAGAUGGUGGUGGAGGCGGAGAUCUUCCCCGCCGUGCUGGGCUGUCUGAAGGAUCCGGACGAGUAUGUGAGGAAGAACGUCGCCACGCUAAUGCGAGAGAUCGCUAAGCACACGCCUGAGCUGUCCCAGCUGAUCGUGAACGCGGGUGGCGUGGCUGCUGUCAUUGACUACAUCGGGGACUGCCGGGGCCACGUGCGGCUGCCGGGGAUCAUGAUGCUGGGCUACGUGGCGGCGCACUCUGAGAACCUGGCCAUGGCGGUCAUCGUGUCCAAGGGUGUGCCCCAGUUGGCGAUCUGCCUGUCGGAGGAGCAGGAGGAGCAUAUCAAGUCAGCCACGGCCUGGGCGUUCGGGCAGAUAGGCAGGCACACGCCGGAGCACGCACGUGCUGUAGCCGUUGCAAACAUCCUGCCCAAGCUGCUGGCGCUCUACAUGGACACAGACAGCUCUGAGGACCUACAAGUCAAGGCUAAAAAGGCAUUGAAGAGCAUCCUUCAGAAGUGCACCUACCUACCUGCACUGGAACCCCUGCUACACGAAGCCCCCAGCAACGUCCUCAAACAUGUUGUCUGCCAGUUCAGCAAGGUCCUGCCACACGACAGCAAGGCCAGGCGUCUGUUCGUCACGAGCGGGGGACUAAAGAAGGUGCAGGAGAUCAAGGCCGAUCCUGGAUCAGCGCUCUGGGAAUACAUCACCGCCAUCAACAACUGUUACCCAGAGGAAAUUGUCAGGUACUAUUCCCCAGGGUAUUCAGAGACUCUACUGGAGAGGGUGGAGAAAUACCAGCCAGUUUGA